AUGAGUGUGCGGAAAAUACUUCGGAUAAUAGUUCUCCUAUUUUUCUUGUCAUGCAAUAAUGAAUUUCCAUUUUGCCUUAAUAUUUUUGCUCAUGCCAAGACAGAUGUAGUCAACAAACCAUAUUUCGGUGAGAAUGCUCAAAAUAUAACAGCUGUGGUAAACGAAUCUGUAACGUUAAAGUGUACAGUUUACAAUAAGGGCAACAGAACUAUCUCAUGGAUAAGGAAGCAUGAUCUUGCAAUCCUCACAUCAAAUACAUUUGUGUAUACAACUGAUGCACGUUUUUCCGUAAUUCACAUUUUGGAAUCCAAUAACUGGGAUCUUCGAAUAAAGCCUGUAAGCCUUAGAGAUGCUACAACUUAUGAAUGUCAACUUAAUACGGAGCCAAAGAUAAAUUUUCCUAUUGUUCUUGAUGUCAUGAAUGAUUCUGAUAUUAUGGAAGAAGGUGGACAGAAAAUUAGUAGUCGUUAUGAAGGAAAAGUGCCAAGAGCGAAAAUUGCUGGCCCUCCAAAUAUUCAAGUACCAAAAGGCAGCACCAUUUCACUAACUUGUUCUGUAGAUCUUCAAGCAUCAUUAAUACUGUGGUAUCACAAUUCUACUAUUGUUGAUUAUACAAGAGGAGGGAUUAACUUGGAAAACGAAAAGAGUAACGAGGGAAUGACAAGUCGCCUAUUGUUAACUAGAGCAAAUUUCAAGGACACUGGUAAUUAUACAUGUGUCGCAUCACACAUAACAGAUGCUGCAUCCUCGCAAAAUCCUUUGAUGAUAAUACCUGGUUCAGUAUCUGUUAAGGUUCUAUAAAAAUGUAAUAAAAUUUGUUUCUAUGUGCAAUAAAUAAAGAA